AUGGAGGGGCGGCGGCCGGGAGGCUUCCCGCUGCUGGUGCGCGGGGACUGGGGCUCCGCCGAGCCGCCCCCCGCCCUGAGGAGGAAGCUGCUCCGCUACUUCCAGAGCCAGAAGCGCUCGGGCGGCGGCGAGUGCGAGCUGCGGGCCGGGGCCGGGCAGCUUCUUGUUUGCUUCGUGCACCCCGAAGCAAAGCAACGCGUUCUCGAGAGACAGUCUCAUGAGCUGUAUUUAGAAGAAAAAGGAAAAGUGAAGUUAAUAGUUACAGAGCCUGACACAGCACUAGCCAAUGAAGAGGAGGCAUCCGAAGAAAAAUUAAGUCCCACAAAGGCUCUGGAUACCCCAAGUAACCUUCAAUCAAAAGUUGAAGAUGAUGCAGAAGCCUUGCAGAAAGCAGAAAGCUUUGUUGCAAGCAGUGAAUUCCAGGAAGAAGCUGGUUCUGCAACAAACAUCGCAGAGAAGCCCAGGGAGACCUCGCCUUCAGUGGUCUUUGAAAACAUACAGGACUGCAGUCCAAAAUGCUUACGUCUGCUGUUGGAGAACAUCAGUGGCCUGGCAGCAGAUGAUGACUUCACCAUGCAAGUGAUACCUGAAAUAAAUGUUGCUGUAGCUACUUUUACAAAAAGCAUUGAUACUGAAGAACUUGUCAAAAAAUGUUCACAAAACGAGAGGGUUAAAGAAUUCCAAAUGACUGCCAGGCUUCUUGAACUGACCCACAGCAUCAAGGCUGAAAACAUACCAGCCAGCGUUUCCACAGGCUACAUCACUGUCUACUUUGAGAGUGCGCGGAAUGGUGGAGGGACUGUGUCAAGCGUCCAGUUCUUCCCCAAGGAGAGCUUGGCCAUCAUUACUUUCUGUGAUCACAAAGAUGUAAACACAGUCUUGGAAAAGCAGCAUUUCCUGGAACAGACACCAAUUUCCGUGCAUCCGUAUUACCACUCCUUGGGAACAGCUCUCUAUGGAGAAGAAAGACCAACUGUCAAGAUGCCAGACCCCAUUGGGGUGCCACUAGAUCCGUAUGUCUGGCAGUUUUUACAAAGACAGGCCAAACUGAUGCAAGACAUAAACCAGAAAAUGGCAAUUUGCCAUUGUGAGCUAAAAUGGCCUCAGAAAGACUGUGCACACCCGGAAAUUAUGUUGUGCCCGUCAUCAUCCCUCUCAGAGCAGAAAAAGCCAAUGUUUAACUUGAUCAAGACGUGGAAGCAAGAUGCUUCUACUGAGUUCUCACGUAUCAUGUCAUGUUACAUCGCCAUAGAAUGUAAAGUAAAUUCAGCGGGUUGGAAAGACAUGAAAAACAGAUUGAUGAAAAAUGUUGCUUUGAUCAUAACUGAGAUUUCUGAGGAGACAGUGGUGAUUGCAGGCAACAGAGCAGCAGUGGACAGUGCAGAGAAAGAAGUGAGGGAAUGCAUGGAAAAAGCCACGAAGCAAAGUGAAAGGGAAAAACAAAGCAUAGAAGUUUCUGUGUCGGUGAUCCCAGGGAAGUAUUCUAUUCUGCACAAUGCUGGGCUAGAAGAAAAUAUUCACAAAGAAUAUCCAUGCUUAAAGAUCUUUUAUGAUGACACAAAAAAAACUGUUCAGUUGUGUGGAUUACCUGCAGAAGUAUCUAAGAUCAAAGCUGACUUACUGGAAAAGUUAUUGAAUAUGCCAUGUACGUCAGUUACCAUUGAUCCCCAUGUUUUCUACUAUCUACAGCGUGUAGAUAAUAAAACAGUGUCAGAGACAUUAUUCACUAGUAAAAAAAUUAAUAGUUUUUAUGAGCUUGGGGAUGAUACAGUUAUGCUAUUUGGAGAUGCUCCCAAAGAUCUUUUAGAAGCAAAAAAGCAAAUAAAGACAGGCUUAGAAUAUAAGUGCAUCAGUGUGGAGGACUGUGAGGUCAUUAAAAAGAAGCAGUGGAAGAGUUUUCUUGCCUCCUUGCGUUCUUCCCAGGAAACCGUAAUCAUUGAUGAACCUGAAAAAGAGAAUAAAGUGAUUAUUGCUGGAUUUUCUAAGGAUGUAGCAGAAGUUUAUCAGAAACUGACUGAUUUUAUAGACAGAAACACACAUAUGGAAAAAGUAAUCCCAGCUAAGUCAGUGGUGGUAAUGCAGUUUGUAGAGCAGGAAAAAUCCAAUAUUUAUCUUAAACUGAAGAAGAAAGGCAUGACAAUACGUUUUGACACCAAGACACCAUGUAUUUCUGUGAGUGGACCAAGAGCAGAAGUACAAAAUGCAGUCAUCACAUUUGAAAGAAUCCUCUCAUCCCUUUACUUGAAAACUGUGCAAAUUGAUAAGCCAGGAGCCAAAGAGCUCUUCAUUGAGAGGAAAGAGUCAUGUGUUUUUGAGGCAAAGCAGAAAUUUGGCUGUUUGAUUAGGCUGGAAGAAGAAGAACAGCACCAACAAGAAAAGAUGGGUGAAAAAGUUGGUGAUACAGAGGAAAGCAAGCUCUACUUUAAGAAAGUGCUGCCAGAUGGAGUUGUAGUAGCAGUUUAUAAAGGUGACUUGUGCACUCAUCCCGUUGAUGUUGUGGUAAAUGCAUCUAAUGAAGACCUAAAACACAACGGUGGUAUUGCUUGGGCACUGUUAGAAGCAGCUGGUCCAGAGAUACAGCAGGAGUAUGAUGAGCUGGUGAAGAAGAGCGGGAGCUUGCAGCCUGGGUGUGUGGCUAUCACGGGUGCAGGGAAACUUCCCUGCAAGAACAUAAUUCAUGCUGUUGGGCCCAGGUGGAGAAAGGAUGAAGCAGAAAAGUGUGUGUGCUUGUUAAGACAGACAGUGAAGAAAAGUCUACAACUGGCUGAAACGUUUCAUCAUCGUUCUAUAGCUCUGCCCGCUAUAAGUGGAGGGAUUUUUGGCUUCCCACUGGCACUGUGUACGUAUUCAAUUGUAGCCUCCAUCAAGGAGAUGUUGGAAGAAUCCAAGGGGGACAUCAGCUUGAAGGAGAUUCAUCUUGUGGAUGAUGCAGAAGGAACUGUUCAGGCUCUGAGUGAGGCAGUUGAAAAAGUGUUUGCAGCUGAAUUAUCCUCCCUGAUAUGGCAGACUUCAAGCUCAGGAAACCUUAAGUUGAGAGAAAGCCAAACGGAGGAGGGAAAAGAGGAUCUUCAGAUGGCUAGAGAUCAUCUGCAGACGGUUACAACAAAUGAAGGUCUUUGCAUCCAAGUUGAGGAGAAAAAUGUUCAGGAAGCCACGACGGAUGUUAUUGUUAACAGUGUUGGCACAGAUCUGAAGUUUGGUGUUGGGUCUCUUUGCAAAGCCUUGCUGGAAAAGGCAGGACCAGGGCUCCAAGCAGAGUUUGACAACGAAAAACAAAGACAGGUUGCUGAUGAAGGAAGUGUGCUCUGCACCAGUGGCUGUGCUCUGGCCUGCAAGUCUGUGCUACAUGCCAUAAUUCCCACGUGGAAUCAAGGAAGAGGACAGACCAUGGAGACGCUAAAAGAUAUAAUCACUGUCUGCUUGAAGAAAACUGAAGAACUUGGACUGAAAUCAAUCACUUUCCCAGCUAUUGGAACUGGAGAAUUCAGAUUUCCUAAAAACGUUGUUUCUAAAUUAAUGUUUGAUGUGGUAUUCAAGUUCAGUAGUAGUCACAUUCGAAGGACUCUCCAGGAAGUUCAUUUUGUCUUGAAUCCGAAUGAUGUGGAUAGUAUUCAGGCUUUUAACAUGGAACUACAACGCAGAGUAGCUGAAAGUUGCAAUGCUGCAGCAUCACAGUCAAGUAUUUUUAGGCCUCUUUCAGCUGAAGCACUGGAAGUUCAUGAAAUGCAGAUAGGUUCCAUUACACUCCAAGUAACUAGUGGAGAUAUUACCGAGGAGGAUACAGAGGUUAUUGUAAACAUAUCAAAUCCAACAUUUGAUGCCACGUCAGGGGUCUUCAAAGCAAUAAUGGCUGCUGCUGGUUCCCAGGUAGAAGCAGAAUGUGCUCAGUAUGCUGGGCAGUUUCAAAGUGGCUUUAUUACUACACAAGGUGGAAAACUACUAUGCAAUAAAAUCAUCCACUUGAUUCACAACAGGAACGUGAACAGUCAGGUCUCCAAAGUGCUUAACGAGUGCGAGCUAAGGAUGUACAAAUCUGUCGCCUUCCCAGCAAUUGGAACAGGUCAAGCAGGACAGAGUCCAGCAAAGGUAGCUGAUGACAUGUUGGAUGCUAUAGUGGAAUUUGCAAGCAAAAGAUCAGUACAGCAUUUGCAAAAAAUUAAAAUAGUUGUCUUCCAGACAAAUAUGCUCAAAGACUUUUACAGAAGCAUGAAGAAAAGAGAGGAUUCAAAUUCAUCUGCAAUAAAUUCAUGUAUGUCUCUGCUGAAGUCAUUUUUCCAGGUUAAAAAACAGCCAAGUAAGAAGAAAAGGAUUGUGAAUUUGGAGAAGAAAGUUGAUUUAGCCACAUUCCAAAUCUGUGGAGAAAGCCAAACAAAUGUGGAUAAAACUGAGUCUUGGUUAAAGGAUUUAAUUUUAAAAGAUCAUUUUGAAAACAUUAUUUCAGAUGAGGCAAUUGAGCAUUUUGAUCAGAGGCAAAUUGACACUUUGAAGGAUCUCCAGAGUAGAAAGCAUGUUACCAUUCAGUUUGAAAAUAAACUUUUUCCCCCCUGCAUUAAAAUUUCUGGUAUUACCAAGGACGUCUGUUGGGUUUCUAUGGAAAUCCAAAAACUAAUCCAAAACCUUAAGGAUACUGAAGAAGAACGAUCCAAGGCAGAAUUUGUUUAUAACCUGGUAGAAUGGAGGUAUCGAGGAAGCAAUGACAGCUUUGUUGCUUUUGAUAAAAUUACAAAUAUGCAGCUGGAGGAUGCCAAAAUAGCUAAAAAAACACAUCUUGCAGUCAAAAUUAAUGGGAAGAACUACAAGGUUGAUAUGAAUACUCUACAGGCUAAUGAUGACCAUGGAAAAACCAUAAACAUUCAGCGUGUGUCAAAGAAUGAAGAUAAGCAGCCAAUAACACUUCCUUCACACUGGGAAGACAUGCAAAACAAACAGGUCAGAGUGGUGAAUCUCGAGCCAUUUUGUGAGGAAUAUCUGAAAGUUCAGUCCAGAUUUAAGAAGGGCUGUGGCAGCUGUGUCAUAGAGAAGAUUGAAAGAAUACAAAAUCCUUUGCUCUGGCAGAUAUACCAAAUAAAAAAGAUGUCUGUGUGUAGAAAGAACAAAAGUAAUAAUAAUGAGAAGUUGCUAUUUCAUGGGACAGCUGCAUCCUCAUUGAACACAAUCAACUACAGUGGAUUUGAUCGUGGGUAUGCUGGAAAGAAUGCUGCAACCAUUGGAAAUGGGACCUACUUUGCUGUCGAUGCAUGUUAUUCUGCUCAGGAUACUUAUUCCAGACCGGAUAAGAAUGGCAGAAAAUACAUGUAUUUGGCUCGGGUCCUCACUGGGCAGUAUUGUGUUGGGAGCAAAGGACUAAUCAAACCACCAGCAAGAAACACAGCAGAUUCUAGUGACAUGUAUGACAGCGUGGUUGAUAAUGUGAAAGAUCCGACAAUGUUUGUCAUAUUUAGUGACAUCCAGGCAUAUCCUGAAUACCUUAUUACUUUCAGAUGUUAGAAUAUUCUUAAUAGCCUAGGAAAUUCAAGUGUCUUUUACA